UGGACCGACGCAGUUUGUAAUUUGAAGUGGAAAACCAUGAAGGUCGAAAUUAUGUCUGAAGGCGUUAAAGCCAUUUCUGUCGCUCUCUAUCAAGAAAGUGGAACUUUUUCCUUCGCUUACAAGUUGGCAAAGCAGUUCUGUGAAUCAAUAAAAACAAAAGGAAUCAUCUCGAACACUGAUUUCAUUACAGAAACAAAAAACGUAGAAGAAGCUGAUGUUGUUAACAACUUAAAGUCCAGAAUUGCUGAUGCAAAAACAUGUAUAGAGACCUUGGAUUAUUGCCGAUACAAAUUGCAUGAAGAGUUAGAAAUACAAUCUAUGAAAAGAUUUACAUUGCAACUAACAUACGAUGAACUCGUGAAAAGUAUUAAUGAAGAAAUUUCCCAUGCAGUUAAGCAGGCAAAAAUUCAGAAUAAUGAAGAACUUAGAGAAAUGGAAGAAUCAAUGAAGAAGUUAAAUCUUAGCCUCAGGAGGACCAGUCAGGUUUUGAGUUCCCUCGAAGCAAAAAAUAAUGUCAUUUUAAUUAAAAGAAACGCACUUGUUUUGAAGUUAGACAAAAAGAAUCUCGCGUGGAACAAACAGUAUUCCUUGAAAUACGAGAUACAAAUCAAAAUAUAUGAAACCAAAGAAAAGAUCAAAAAGUUAUCUAAUGAGAUUGUUAAUUACCAGGAAGAAAUUCUAAAAAUGAAAGAAUCUCUAAUUGAAGACCAUGCAGCAGCUAUUAAAGAGGCAAAAGAAAUUUCCCCCCUAUUGAGAACUUACAAAAUAUAA